AUUCUUGGUCGAAAAAUAAUUUACUCAACGCCACUUCCUUCAUAUACCUUCUUUUAUUUAAUAUUUAAAUAAUAUUACUCUUCCGGUCGCUUCAUCAUUUUUAACUGACAAUCUUUUUUUCGUUUUCAAAUAUAAAAUCGUUAAACAGUCGCUAAAGAUCUUAGGGAUAUAUCAUACAUUCGUUUUAAUGUAACCGUCGCCUUGGUGAAUUAAUGGCACGCAUCCAUUAGUCCUCCACUUCCGAAAACGUUUUCAAAUCGAAAAACAUUUUGUGAAUUAAUUUGUUUUUCAGUACAAAUAACAAUGUGUGUUGGCUGCCUGUCUCGUAUGCGCCCGAGAUAUAAACGACUUGUAGACAACAUCUUCCCGUCUUUACCACAGGAUGGCUUGGUAAAAAAUAAUAUGGAAAAGUUGACAUUUUAUGCUUUAUCAUCGCCUGAAAAAUUAGAUCGUAUUGGAGAAUAUCUAUUCCAGAAAGCUAGUCGAGAUAUUUCUCGCAAGAGAAACGAGUUCGUAAUGAUUGCUAUGGAAGCUAUGGACCAGCUUCUAGUAGCAUGUCAUGCUCAAACUCUUAACUUAUUUGUGGAAAGCUAUUUACGUAUUGUGCAAAAGCUUCUUGAGUCAUCUGAACCCAGUUUGCAAAUACUAGCCACACAAUCGUUUGUACGUUUUUCUAACAUAGAGGAGGAUACACCAUCAUAUCAUAGGCGAUAUGAUUUUUUUGUUUCCAAAUUUUCUUCAAUGUGUCAUAACAAUAAUCCGAAUUUAGCUACUAUGGAGAUGAUACGAAUGGCUGGCAUUAAAGGCAUCCAAGGAGUUAUUAGAAAAACUGUCUCUGAUGAUCUAGUCGAAAACAUUUGGGAACCUGUCCAUAUGGAUAAAAUCGUGCCAUCUUUAUUAUUUAACAUGCAUACAAUGAAGACUAAAUCAGAAAUAGUUGUUGAUAGUGGAAUAUCUGAAGAGGUCAAUGAUAAAAACGAUUCAUUUUCAUUAGCAGAAUCUUGUUUACGAGAAUUGAUUGGACGAGCAUCAUUUGGUCAUGUUAAAAGUGUCAUUCGUCCUGUACUUAAACAUUUAGAUGCCCAUCACAUGUGGGUUCCAAAUGUAUUUGCCACACAGUGUUUCCGCAUUUUAAUGUUUUCUAUUCAAUCUCAAUAUUCAUAUGCUGUUGUGGAAACACUGAUGACUCAUUUGGAUGAAAACAGUAAUGCUUCUCCAAAAAUCCGAACCAGUAUUGCAGAUGUAUUAUCCAAGAUCAUAGCUAUCGCAGCUAAUGAAAGUGUUGGACCAACAGUUUUAGAAAUCAUUAAUUCUCUACUUACCAAUCUCCGUACAUCGGUCACAAGGCGACCACCAUCUAACAUUGGUCUUGCUGAAUCAGACGGAGAAAAUGAAUACAGAGAAGCACUUAUACAUGCACUUGGAGAAUUUGCUGCUCAUUUGCCUGACUACCAAAAAAUUGAGAUUAUGAUGUUUAUCAUGUCGAAAGUACCACAAUUUAAAUCUUCCAAUAAUCCCAAUGACCUCCAUGUUCAAAGAAUGUGUUUAAAAUCUCUCUUAAUGGUUAGCACCAAGUAUAGUUCAGUGCAAAUGAAUGCCACUUUUCCUCAAUCAUUUUUGGAUCUUUUGUUGAAAACAUUAACUGUUUCCGAGGAUGAAAUACGCUUCAUUGUACUCCGUAUUCUUCAUACACUUUUAGAUAGGCAUGCCAAUGCUGCUAAGUUCUCAAAAGCUACGGUUGAUAUAUCAAAAUCUGAUAUAAAUCUAGAGAAAUGCUCUCGCAGUGAUACAAUAUUCAUCCGGAAAUAUGCUCAAGAUAUUUAUGUAUCUAUAUACGAAAGCUUAGAGAUGACCAAUAAUACUGUUGACAAUGUGGAAGCUGUGUAUACAACAUUGGCUUUGAUAUGUAUUGAAUUAUUGUCUGAGGAGACUGUAUUAGACUUUAUCAGGCUGAUUUUAAGCAUACAAGAAUUGGCCAUUACUAAUGCUGUGUUGUCCACUCAACAGAAAUUUAAUUUGCACUCUUUGGUCAUUAGUGUUAUGCUUCUAGUAGCAAUUGUAAUAGACUUGCACCCGCUUAAGGAUUACAUAGAAAAAAUAAUCGAACAAAGGAAACUAAUGAAUGCCACUCAUUUGCUACCAGAAUUAAGUGUGCAUAAUGAAAUUAAAUCUUCAUGUUUGUUACCAGCUGGUGUUUUAAUUGAAGAGCCAGAACUAACCGAGGCUUUAAAAGCUUCAGGAAUUGACAUUACAGCGGAAACUGGACCAAUAUUAACACAUAGACGCAGUUGGGUUGAUAACACCAACAUGUCUAUGAAAGGAAGUUUCACAGAUCUGAGCAAUUUAGAUUUAGACAGUGUCAACUCUACUCCGGCAAUGCAAAGACGUUUCUCGCCUAACGAAGAUCUUUCCUUUGAAGCCAUGAAACGUUCUUUAUUAGAUAAUCCAGUGACUAAAUCUGAACAAAACACUAAGCAAUCACAACUGUGCGAUAUGUUCAGGAACUCGUCUUUCCAGGAUCUGGUUGCAAUAUCAACCCCAUCAAAGGAUGAAGAAUCUUUGCACUCCAAAAUCACCGAAGUGUUCAAUAAAGUAGAAUUGUCAAACAAGCUGUUAAAUGUUGAAACCACCAACCAGUCUACACCUAUCUAUGAGUCGUUAUUCCCCGAAUUGUUUGCGUUUUAAAAUAAUUUAUAUUUUAUUGACAAUGAUAUCGUUUUAAGAUGAAUUAUUGAGAUUCACUUAAAAUGAAGUCAUUUGAGUUUUUAUUAUUGUUAUAAAAUUUUAUUUAUAUUAAAUGAUCAUUUAGUAUUGUUAUUACUAAGGUGAAUGUUUUGUUGUUUGAUAAUAUUUAUAAAUAUAUAUGGUGUCUUAUUC